AUGGGUACCAACAACAACGUACACGGGAACGCCAUUCCUGCGAAUUCCCCCCCUCCCCCGCAAAAAUACAUCUCAGCUCUCAGAAUUGAGGCGUCUGAUGACUCGGAUUUCUUCCCGACUGGCACUUGCGUGGACAACAGUGGAGAUCUGGGUAGCCCAGAUUGUAAUAAUAGUUUCGGCGGAAAGUAUACUUACGUCGUAAAAUCUUUUACUGCCGACCCAUCCCGCGCCAUCACUGGAUUAAGGAUUGAGAUCACUGGCGACGACGAACCGGCAUUCGGAGGGGACAUGGCUCAAGGAGCUGGCGGCGACUACCGGUAUGUGGUCACUUCACGAGAUUUGAACUUGCCUACGAGGAUCAGUGAAGUACAAUUAUGGAGAUCUCCCAACGACUCUGUUUCCCUCGGUGAUGCCCGCGCGGCUGGAUGGGACGGAAUAAGUACAGAUAUCAAUCAUAAGAGAAGUGGCGCGUACCUGUAUCUUGUUUGGAACAAUGUUCGGGUCUGA